GGGCUGGCGGGAGCGACGUGUGCGCUGGGCUGCCCUGCGCGGGCACCGUGAGGCGCGGGCUUGCGUGCUUCCCCCAGAGUUCGCGCUGACUUGGGAGGAGUGCCCGCUAGAACAAGUGUAUCCGAGUUGUAACGAAUACGGAACUUUCUGAGGAGCCUGGCAAUUCCUUCUGCGUAGUAUCUGCUGAACCCCGCGGUAAAUGCCCUUAUAGCUACCGUGGGAUUACAGUGUUACUGCAGCAUUCUGGCUUUGGAAGGUUCCGUGCUGCGUGCAGUGACAGUCGGGUCUGUCUGAGGAGGUUAAAGCAUGACAACAGUCCACAGUGUCUAGCUAAAAGGAUUCAUGUUCACUUUAAGUAGAAAGAAGCAUGUUCCCAAAUUCCUCGAACUUGGGUCGUUCACCCUUCCCUCCAAAUCGUCAACACCAGAUCACUUUCUUCAAUAAGCUUCCUCUAAAUAUAGCACCUGUUCUUGCCUCCUGCCAGGAAGUUGUUGAUGUUCAGAUUAACUUUCCAAAUGCAGUGACUCUUUUGAGUGGGAAUAUUACAACUAUUCCACCUGUUACACCACAGCCAGUGAGUUAUGGAAAUGACAGUCCAGUACGUAGGUCAGAUGCCUCCACAUCAUUCCGAGGAAGAAAGAGACUAAGUGGACAAAGUGUUCCCCAUGAUGUCAAACGGCAGCGGUUUCAUUCACAUAAUUCCGAAACAACUGUAGUUAACCAAGCAGUGCCUUCACCAGAAGAACGUAGAUUUUCCUUUCCAGGAUCAGUUCAAUCUCCAGCGUUCAGUGCACGUUACAUACCAGAUUUAACUGGAUCUGUCCUUCCAUCGCGAGAUAAUGUGUUUCCAUACCCUAAAGAAACCACACUCCCUGUAACCAAAGAUAAGUUAAGUCAGCAGAUUUUCGAAUUGUUUCAAGCGUGUCAGCAACAGCUCUGUGAUUUGAACAGAAAAGAGCUCUGCAGAACAGAACUCCAGAGAGAAAUUCAGCGAAUUUUUCCACAGAGCAGACUCUUUUUGGUUGGGUCUUCACUGAAUGGGUUUGGCACUCGUAGCAGUGAUGGUGAUUUGUGCCUGGUGGUUAAAGAAGAACCAGUAAAUCAGAAGACUGAAGCAAGGCAUAUACUCAGCAUAGUCCAAAAACUCUUCAGUACUAAACUCUCAAGAUACAUUCAGCGACCUCAUCUGAUUCAAGCAAAAGUGCCAAUAGUGAAGUUCAGGGAUAAAGUCAGCUGUGUGGACUUUGACUUGAAUGUAAACAAUGUUGUAGGAAUAAGAAAUACAUUCCUUCUGAGAACCUAUGCAUACAUUGAGAGUCGAGUUCGUCCACUAGUACUUGUUGUUAAGAAGUGGGCGAGAUUUCAUGACAUAAAUGAUGCCAGCCGUGGUACUUUAAGCAGCUACAGUCUUGUGUUGAUGGUUUUGCACUAUUUACAGACUCUACCUGAACCUGUACUUCCAUCCCUCCAAAAAAAUUACCCAGAAUCCUUUGAUCCUACUAUGCAUUUACAUCUUGUUCAUCAAAUUCCUUAUACCAUUCCACCUUACCUGUCAAGAAAUGGAUCAAGCCUUGGGGAUUUGCUAAUAGGUUUCUUCAAAUAUUAUGCCACAGAAUUUGAUUGGAGCCGUCAAAUGAUUUCUGUUCGUGAGGCCAAAGCUGUUCCAAGACCUGAUGGUAUUGAAUGGAGAAACAAAUUUAUUUGUGUAGAAGAGCCCUUUGAUGGGACAAACACUGCUAGAGCUGUACAUGAAAAAAAGAAGUUCGAUACCAUCAAAAAUGAAUUUUUGAAGUCUUGGAAGAUACUACAAGAAACGAAAAACCUGAACUGUAUAUUACCUUUAAGAAUAUCCACAGAUAAAAAAUAAACGAUUUACUUCACUUUCUUCUUAUUGGAUCCUGCUGAAAUAAAGAACAGUAACAAAAUCAAGAGGCAGUUACCAUGUGAGCUUUUACAACACAUUUUUCUCUUCAAACUUUUGUUAAGAAAAUGUUUAUAAGAAAGAAUGUGUGUUAUCAAUAUUUGUUAAUACAGCUGUUCAAAGAUAAGUUUUCUGAAAACGCUUGCCUUGUUGACUUCUAGAAGAAACUCAAACAGCGAACUGCAAAAAUAAAUCCGUUUUAAAGGAAGUAUGGGGAUAUUGGGGAAAAUAUGGGAAUAUAUGACUUCUUGUUUCUAUAAUCUGUGUAAUUGUUAAUUCAGACACUUUUAACCAUGAAAUAAAGACGUUCAGAGCUAAACAGGGUGCCAGUCUGACUGCACCCUUAAGGCAUUGUUCACAGUACCCACUUCUUGAUGAACAGACAGCCUGUGCUUUACAUUUGCUUAACUGCAGUAAGCAGUUUUGCUCAACUUGGCACUUUCCAGUUGUAUUUCCCUCUUACAUGCAACAACGAGCAAAAUUUGAUGAAAAUUAGGGUAGAUUAUGGUUGGUAGUGUUCUGGAUGUCAAGAACUGUAAUCUAAACUGGAAUUUUCCGGCAACACUUCUCCUGUGAAGAAGUUGGAGUUAAAAAGGUCAAAUUGAUACAUAAAAAUGCUUCAUAUUCACAGAGUAAGCAAGAUACCUCUUAGUGCUUCCUUUUACACAUUUGAAGCAGUAGUGAUAUCUACAGAAACUACCACAACCCAACCCUAUUACUGCUACAGUAAGCUGGGCUUCUGUUUUGAUUUUGUGUAACUAUUUGUAAAUUGAUCAGCUACUGUAAAUUGAAUUUAAAUAAGUAAUCUUCAAAAUUUUAGCUUUUCUAAAAAGAAGUUGUGAACCCUCUUCUAGACCUGCUGUAGCACAAUUUGUGCCUCUCAUAUAUUUGUUACUGAAGACCAAUUAAUUGUUAAAACUGUACUUAACAGUGAUGUCAAAUUUGUGUUUUCUUUUUUAAAUUUAAUAUUUUCUAUGGUGUACAAUUAAAUAAAUUUAUACAUUGAAGAUGUAA